CUGUAGACCCACCCUCUUCUUUGAUGUAAGAAAUGAGCAUUAAAACACAGGAAGCAUUGGUUUUGAACAAACAGCGUUGUGGCAGUAUGAGGUCCAGUGCAUUGUCCUUCAUCCUCUUGUUGAUGCUAUUAUGCAGCCAUUCUGGACUCACUCAAGUGGAACCAAAAGCUGUAGUGAAGGUGAGUCCAGAUCAGCGUGUGUUCAGAGGAGAGACAGUCACUCUCACAUGUGACAUACAGGGAGCAGGAGACAUUCAGUGGACAUACAGCUGGUUUAAAGAUGGUUCAGUCAUCCCAGACAUCACUGAGAGAGUCUACACCAUCACAUCUCUGUCUGAUAAUAGUAAAUACAGCUGUGAAGCAAAGAGCAUCAGCGAUGCUGUUACAUUGACUUUAUCAGAUUUACCCAGAUCUAAGCUGACUUUGACACCAAACAGUCCUGUAUACGCUGGAGAGACAGUCAAUCUGAAGUGCGUGAUUGAGUCUUACAGUGACUGGAGAUGGAGAAAUGGCCUGACAAAUGACUGGAGAUAUGAGUGGUAUAAAGGCAGAUACAGUGUAAUGUUACAGACGUCUGAGCGUUACACUGUAAACAGAGACACUCUCACUAUCAGAGGAGCUACUGAGUCUGAUCAGGGUCAGUACUGGUGUAGAGGACAGAGAGAUGGAAGACCAAACUCAUCACAAUCAAGCUCUGCUGUUUCUCUCACUGUGAAGGCGAGUCCAAAAGCUGUAUUGAAGGUGACUCCAGAUCAGCGUGUGUUCAGAGGAGAGACAGUCACUCUCACAUGUGACAUACAGGGAGCAGGAGACAUUCAGUGGACAUACAGCUGGUUUAAAGAUGGUUCAGUCAUCAGAGACAUCACUGAGAGAGUCUACACCAUCACAUCUGUGUCUGAUAGUGCUGAAUACAGCUGUAGAGGAGAGAGAUCAGACUCACAGAGAUCAGACAUCAGUGCUGCUGUUACACUGACUGUAUCCGAUUCAUACAGAGCUGCACUGAUUGUGACACCAGACAGUCCUGUAUUCACUGGAGAGAGAGUGAUUCUGAAGUGUGUGAUUGAGUCUUACAGUAACUGGAGAUAUGAGUGGUAUAAAGACACAGACAGUGUAAUGUUACAGACGUCUGAGCGUUACACUGUAAACAGAGACACUCUCACUAUCAGCGGAGCUACUGAGUCUGAUGCGGGUCAGUUCUGGUGUAGAGGACAGAGAGAUGAAAGACCAAACUCAUCACAAUCAAGCUCUGCUGUUUAUCUCUCUGUGAAGGCUUUACCCAGAUCUACACUGACUGUGAGACCAGACAGUCCUGUCUUCACUGGAGAGACAAUCAGUCUGAAGUGUGUGAUUGAGUCUUACAGUAACUGGAGAUAUGAGUGGUAUAAAGGCAGAGACAGUGUAAUGUUACAGACGUCUGAGCGUUACACUGUAAACAGAGACACUCUGACUAUCAGAGGAGUGAAUGAGUCUGAUCAGGAUCAGUUCUGGUGCAGAGGACACAUUGACGGAAGACCAGUCUCAUCAUACUCAAGCUCUGUUUAUCUCACUGUGACGGAGAGACCAAAAGCUGUAGUGAAGGUGACUCCAGAUCAGCGUGUGUUCAGAGGAGAGACAGUCACUCUCACAUGUGACAUACAGAGAGCAGGAGACAUUCAGUGGACAUACAACUGGUUUAAAGAUGGAAACACUUUAUAUCCAUACAGAACAACAACAGCAGAGAUCAGUUUCAGAGCUGAUUAUGUGUCUUACAGUGUUAAAUACAGCUGUAGAGGAGAGAGAUCAGACUCACAGAGAUCAGACACCAGUGCUGUGGUUACACUGACUGUAUCAGAUCUGAAGCCAAAGCCUGAACUCACAUCAGAUCCUGCAGGAGCUGCACUGACAGGAAACACAGUGACUUUGACCUGUCACAUGAAUCUGUCCCCUGGAUGGGACUUUUACUGGUACAAAUACACACUGAACUCUGAGACAAAGACACAAACAAACUCCUACAGAGUGAAGAUUGAUUCAGUGUCUGAUGGAGGCCAGUACUGGUGUAGAGCUGGAAGAGGAAAACCAGUCUACUACACACAAUACAGUGAUGCACUGUGGGUAAAUGUUAGAGUGAGUCCUAAAGCUGUAGUGACAGUACGGCCUGAUGAACGAGUGUUCAGAGGAGAAACAGUCAAUCUGAGAUGUGAUAUAAAGUGGGGAGGAGACACUGAGUGGACGUACAGAUGGGAAACACAGGGAAGAAACUACCAAUAUACAAACUCUGUCAGGAGAAUCUCAACACAAGAGUUGAACAUCAUCAGUGUUGAAGUCUUUCACAGCGGUAAAUACACCUGUACAGGACAGAUGGGAACACAGAGCUCUCAGCGCAGUGAUGCUGUUACACUGAAUGUAUCAGCUGAAGCUCAGGCAGCAGUGCGAGUGUCUCCACAGCCGUGGCUGACUGAAGGAGACUCAGUGACUCUGAUCUGUGAGGUUACAGGCUCCUCUACAGGCUGGACGUUCAGCUGGUUCAGAGAUGAUGAUCGUCUGUCCGACAGCAGCAGAGGAGCUGGAGGCUCUUACACUCUCAGUCCUGCUGCUCUACAGCACACAGGAGUUUAUACAUGCAGAGCAGAGAGAGGACGACCGGCCUAUUACACAAAGAACAGUAACACACAGCCACUGUGGAUCACUGGUGUUUCUCCUUCAGUGUCUCUGGUGGUCAGUCCCAGCAGAAGUCAACACUUCUCAACUGACUCUCUCUCUCUGAGCUGUGAGGAUCAGAGGAACUCUGCUGGAUGGACAGUGAGAAGAUACACAAACAGAAACACAGAAGAUUGUUCAACACAAACAGGAUCUAGAUGUCGAAUCAUCUCUCUCAGCACAUCUGACUCUGGAGUUUACUGGUGUCAGUCUGAAUCUGGAGAGAAACGUCAUCCCCUAAACAUCACUGUUUAUGAUGGUGAUGUGAUUCUGGAGAGUUCUGUUGAUCCUGUGAUUGAGGGACAUACUCUGACUCUACACUGUUUACAUCGAUCUACAAACUCCCCGAUCCUCAGAGCUGAUUUCUAUAAAGAUGGAUCACUCGUCCAGCAUCAGACAACAGGAGAGAUGAACAUCACCACUGUCUCAAAGUCACACGAGAGUUUCUACUACUGUAAAACAGAGAGAGGACAGUCACUGCACAGCUGGAUCUCAGUCAGAGUGUCACGUUCAGGUCAGAUUUCUGUCUUCAAGAUUCUUAGUUCUCUUCUGGCAGCUUGUAUGUUUCUGCUGGCCACAGUCGUGCUGCUUUUCAAAUGCUGCAGAGCGAGAGUUCCAUCUGCUGAAGACCAAAGCCAGUAUUCAGUGAGAGAAGAAACUUCAACCUGAAGCUUUAAAAAUUCUGAAUAUUAAUCAAACUGUUAUUUCUGUCAACAUAUUUGAUUUACCUUAUAUCACUUAUAUUUUAAUGUGUUAUUCUGCUUUUAUAUCCUCAUUUAUAUAUACUCAUCAAAAAAAAAAAAAAAUAGAUUUUGUUGGUUUUGGUCACUAGUUGCCUGUUUUUAGAUCACUUAAAUAUUUAGUUAACAUUAAUUACAAAAGUUUUAUUCUGUGUCACAUAUUCUGUAUAAAUGAAUAAAUGAAAUUAAUGUGUAGCAUUAUAGAAGUAAAUAAAUAUCUUGGUUUGUCUUGCAUGUGUAUCAUCCGUUGUAAUUCAUCGUCUAAUCCAAAAACAAUGUCAAAUAUGUCUUUUUUUUCUUACUGAGAAAACUAAUUGACUUAGCCCCAUUCACACCAAGAACGAUAACUAUAAAGAUAACAAUAUUAGCAUCCACACCAGCGAACGAU